AUGGACCCCAAUGAAGCACCUGCUCUCCACCACUGCUCUGCUGACUCUUCCCCAGGGAGUGAGGACAGAGUCCCCCAGAACACAGAACUCAUUCCCAGGAGACCUGUCAGUCGCUCUCCAACCUGUGCCCGCUGUCGUAACCAUGGUGUCACAGCCCAUCUCAAGGGCCACAAGCGCCUCUGCCUCUUUCAGGCUUGCGAGUGUCACAAAUGUGUCCUUAUCCUGGAACGUCGGAGAGUCAUGGCUGCCCAAGUGGCCUUGCGUAGGCAGCAGGAGGCUCAGCUAAAGAGGCACCUGGCUCAGGGCCUGAUGAAAGGGACAACCCCCCUGAAAGCUCCCCUCCGUGUCAAGAAGGGAGCCAUUCGACCAGGGGUCCCUUCUGGAAAGGAGAACAUAGCACCCCAGCCUCAGAGUCCCCAUGGAGCAGUCCCACUGGUGCUGACACCCCCUGGGAAGGAGAACUAUGGGCCUCUGCUUCUCAGCCGCCCCCAGGAAACCUUGCCUUUGCCCUGGACUCCAGUGCCUCCUGGGCCUUGGGGCCCUGGACACUGGCUGCCACCAGGCCUCUCAAUGCCACCUCCAGUAGUGUGCCGCUUGCUGUGCCAGGAGCCUGCUGUCCCUCUGCAUCCCUUCCCUGGCUUUGACCCUGGCACAUCUCUCCGGCUGCCCACUCAUGGAACCCUCCCAACCUGCCCAGGAUCUCGCUCAGUGCUGGCAGCUCCACUUUCUGGAGAGCCCCAAGGACCCCCUAACCUGCCUCACACAUGUUCAACUCUGAUACUCCAGUCCUGUGGAGCCCCAGACUCUCUUCUGCUACAGCCACAGGCCCCUGGAACCUCUUGCCUAACCUGGACAUCUGGCCCCUCAGAGCGGCAGUUACAGCGAGAAGCAGCUGAGGCCCUUGUAGGUCUGAAAGAUUCAUCUCAGGCUCCCCGCCUGACCCCAUCUGUCCCCCCAAACCCUGCCUGGAUCUCUCUGCUCCACCCCUGUGGCCCACCAGCUCCUCCUGGGGGAAGAGGAUUCCAGCCUGUCGGCCCACCUCUCCGGCCCAGUCCAGCUUCCUCUGUCUCUCUGCACAUUGGGCGUCUGGGAUCUAUCUCCCUCCUCAGCUAG